UCAACAGUUGUCUAGUUGUCGUGCUAUUUAUCUAGACAACCUUUUCCGGGUUUUGUAGUGGUUUUGAUGUACCGCAUUGUAUCUUUCCCUUUCUAUCUUGGCUGUCACGUAAGCAUUGAAUGAACGACUCUUCAUCCACAGCCGGCAAAAUGACCAGCACAAGUUCAGCCGCCGGCCAACGGCCCCUCUCGAAAGCUGAAAGCUCAAACCCCCGCGAAUUCCAGAUGAACCAGAUGAGGCGACGAUUCCGUCCAGCUGAGAGCACAGAUGAUGCGGGCACAACACUCACUUUUGGAAUGGCCCCUUCAGACCCGGACUUCCCGUUCGACUUGGACAAAUUACAAUGUGUUUUGCAUGUGCCAGCAUCAUAUCCUGGCCGUGAAAGACCCACUCUCAAAGUGGUCAAUUCCGAAAUGGAGAGUGCCUUCCAGGAUAAUGUUGCAAGGGGAUUUGACGACAUUGUUGAUAGUACGCUGAGGAGUGGCGGUCGGGGGACCCUGUUAACAUGGAUGAACACACUGGACCGACACCUUGAGCGUUUGCUGACGACUACGGAACGAGGCCCUACUCUCAAGUUUGUGCCGAAUUUUGGUGGCAAGCAGAAGCUGGAGAGUCAGCCAAUUGUGAACGGAGUGAAAUCUUUGACUGUGUCUACGCCGUCCAGUAAGCACGUCUCGAAACCAGAGCCGUCAUCUGCGCCUAAGGUGCCGGUUCGGGUUUACACUGCGGAAGAGAAAGCGCAGGCCGAGAAAAGAAGAGCCGUUGAGACUAAGCAGAUUGAAGCUCGUCUGGGGAGGCUGCCUAUGUUUCAGAAAUCAAAAGAUGGGCUCUCGUUUGUUGUUCCUAUCCAACCGCCUAGACCCGAUCGACUACCGAUUUCGAUACGGUCUGUUAAGACCGUCAAACUAUCGGUGCCUCCUCUAUACCCACUAGAACAGAGUUCCAUUGAGCUUCAAGGUGUGGAUAGUACAGACGCGCGGCCCGUUGAGGUGGGGUUUGCACAAUGGGUUGGAGGAAAUCUUAAUUUGAACUUGACGUCGCAAGUGAAUUACCUGACAGCCAAUCUGCAUAAUUUCGCCAAAACCCAGCUAGAGACUCCACAGGAGAGCGUUCUCGAUGCGUCGCCUGAGCCGCCUACAGAUUCCAGGGCUCCUGAAGAUCCAAAGGCAGUGGAAGGACAGGCACUAGAGGACAAGCCCCAUGUUGUUGUCGUUCCGCGGCCCCCGGAGUGGACAGUGCGUGAGCGCAACAGCGAGAGUGAAGGCACAGAUAUAACCGAGUCCGAAGAUGACUUCACAGAUGAAGAUGAAGACGACGGGGGAGCCGCAGUGCCAACCCUCCUGGAACCCACCGUGGAGCGCGGGGUCGCUCUUUCUUUCCCAUUCUUGGAACUCUACGGAAUCGAACUCUUAGAGCUUGUUGGUCUCUCGAUCACGGUAAAAUGUGAUCGGUGUAAGGAACACAUGGACAUUAAGAACGUCCCGCAGGUUAAGGACAAGGCAUCGGCCUUGUCCCCUAAAGUUGAGUUGUGCAAGAAAUGCGCCAACACUAUGAGUUUUGGUUUCCGUCGACAAUUGAUACAUCCUCAUUCGAGCCGUGCCGGUUAUCUCGACUUGGAUGGUUGUACCAUCGCCGAUCUUCUCCCUAGCAGUUUUAUUCCAACAUGCGCUGAAUGCUCAACUUCCUUCCCUGCACCCGGUAUUGUUGCAGUCCGCGGCGAGAGUGCUGCAGCCUCAUGCCGCCAAUGUCAUCGCAAGAUGGUGUUCAAGGUCCCUGAGGUCAAAUUCCUCAGAGUAGGAUCUGCCGCAUAUACCUCUCGUGAUCAAGCACCGCAACGAAGGAAGCCAAAGGAAGUGCUUGGAAUCAUUGCUGGUCAGGAGCUCCCCCGUCGCGGUCGUUGCAUGCACUAUGGUAAAAGCUAUCGCUGGUUUCGAUUUAGCUGCUGCGCGAAGGUCUUCCCUUGCGACAAAUGUCAUGAUGCGGCGUCCGACCACCCCAAUGAACACGCAAACCGUAUGAUUUGCGGUUUCUGUUCCCGGGAGCAGAUAUACCGACCCGAAGACUGUGGGGUAUGCCGUGCAGUUCUGAUAGGGAAAGCAGGAAGUGGAUUCUGGGAAGGUGGGAAAGGUACGAGGAACAAAGUGUUGAUGAGUCGGAAGGAUCCACGGAAGUACAAACGUCGUCCGGGCUCAACGCCGGGAGGAUCUUCUUCGAAGAAGAAGUGAUGGCGAGUAUCGACUGGACUACCAUGUGUGCAGCAGGCGUCGGAUCGAUCUUAUGUUCUGUGAUCACCCUUCCACGCUUGUAAACAUGUCGGGAUAGAACCAACGAAAUGAAAAUAAUGAAACAAAAUACAAGCAUACUCUAGAGUGCCUCAACUCUUUGUAUACAUAUCACAAACUCAAGCAAACAAAGCACCCGCAUAUGGAGAAAUGGCAUGUAUAUAAUAAAGUCUGUCAAAAUAUCACAGUCGUUCCAGAGGAUAAAAGCCAGCAAAGACG